CCCAGGUUGGCAUGACAUGCAUAUGAAGAGUGUGGAAGUGCAAUCAAAGGUGUUUCACUCUUAGUAAAUCUCUUAAAUCUGAUUAAGCCAAAAUAUUCCCAAAAGAGAAUGGACAAGAUUGCUUUUUCAGGAUAAAGACAGGGAAGAGGAGGAGGAUAAGAAAAGAAGAGAAGUAGAGAGUAAGGAAGGUAAAGAAAUGCAAAAGAGGAGUCAUGUGGCGUGUAAGUUUUACAGUUAAUCCUAAACUACUCCCGGGCGGGAUCCCUGCUCGGGGGGCCGUAAAGAAAGGACUGACUGGAGGAGUGAAAGGGAAAAGAAGGCUGUUCUCUUUUUCUCUGCGAUGUCGGAUGGGAGUGAUCCGAGGACGGGUUAAAGAUGAUGCCUCAUACUCAAAGGGAAGCAAAGACUCUGCUGCGUGUGACAGCAGCGGUUUCACCAAAAGGUGCAGUCUUGCUGAUGAGCAGAGAGGUGUGACCACAGUGGAACUGAUUAAAAAAGAGGGUAGCAGUCUCGGCCUCACCAUCUCCGGAGGCUGUGACAAGGACGGCAAGCCAAGAGUGUCAAACCUGAGACCAGGAGGUCUUGCAACCCGGAGUGAUCAGCUCAAUGUGGGUGACUACAUCAAGUCAGUGAACGGUAUAAAUUUGUCCAAACUCAGACACGAUGAGAUCAUCAGCAUGUUGAAGAACAUCGGUGAACGUGUGGUGCUGGAGGUGGAGUACGAGCUGCCUGUAUUCGCUCCCAGCAAUCCCGGCAAUGUCAUCUCUAAAACUAUUGAAGUGUGUCUGGAGAAAGAAGGCAACAGCUUUGGCUUCGUUCUUAGAGGGGGCUUCCAUGAGGACUGGCAAAAGGCUCGACCUCUAGUUGUGACCUAUGUUAGACCCGGAGGACCUGCAGACAGAGAGGGGACCCUGCGAGCGGGCGACCGUGUAUUGAGUGUGAGCGGCGUUGCUCUGAACAGACUGAAACAUGCAGACGCUCUGACUCUGAUCAUGCAGAGCAGCCAGGAGGCUUUCUUCCUCAUCGAGUAUGACAUCACAGUCAUGGACUCAGUCCAGAAGUCAUCAGGGCCGCUGCAGGUGGAGAUUGCCCACUCUGCAGGCUCAGUACUGGGUAUCAGUCUUACUACCACUCUCUAUAGGAACAAACAGGUCAUUACAAUCCAGAAAAUCAAACCUGCCAGUGUUGCAGACAGGUGUGGUGCUUUGCAUGUAGGAGAUAUUCUCUUGGCUAUAGAUGGCAUGAGCACAGAGCAUUGCUCUCUGAUGGAGGCACAUCAGCUUCUGUCAAACUCCUCAGAACUCACAAAACUAGAGAUUCUGCCCUCUCAGCACAGCGUAUGUGACACAGUACGUGUCCAGAGAAGCAGUCAGCGUCAGUGGGACUCUAGUGAGAACUACACCAGCGCCCCUCCACCAUUCCAAAAAACGCCUUUGGCUUGGAGUCAAACCACUCCUACACCAUCACACAGCAGAUCUGUGACAUCUGGCAUCUCUACAAAUACAUCUGGCUUUCACAGUUACAACUCUGGGACUCAGUCAUCAUACCCCAAUACUUACCCCAGCAACACCCUGCCCUCAAACCCCUCCAGCCCCCGCAGCACCGUCACCAAGAGGAGACACCGGAGGAAAGACCACAAGAGCUCCUUGUCUCUGGCGUCGAGUACAGUGGGCGCUGGUGGUCAGGUCGUGCAUAUAGAGACCAGUGAGGUGGUUUUGAGAGGAGAUCCUCUUACUGGGUUGGGGCUUCAGUUACAGGGAGGAGUGUUUGCUACAGAGCCGCUGUCAGCGCCUGCCUGCAUCCGCUUUAUAGAGCCAGACACACCUGCGGAAAGGUGUGGGGUGUUACAAGUCGGUGACAGACUUCUUUCGAUUAAUGGAAUUUCCACUGAGGACGGAACACUGGAAGAGGCCAAUCAGCUGCUCCGAGAUGCAGCGCUGGCCAAUAAGGUCAUACUGGAAGUGGAGUUUGAUGUUGCAGAGUCUGUUAUUCCCAGCAGUGGCACAUUUCAGGUGAAGCUACCCAAGAGACGUGGAGUGGAGCUAGGCAUUACUAUCAGUGCAAGCAAGAAGCCAGGAAAACCUCUGAUCAUCUCUGAGAUACAAAGAGGAAGUAUUGCACACAGAAUAGGAACUCUGGAGCCAGGUGAUCGAUUAAUGGCCAUUGAUAAUGUACGACUGGAUCAUUGUGGAAUGGAAGAAGCCAUGAUGGUUCUCCGACAGGCUGAGGGCAUGGUCAAACUGCGCAUUCAGAAAGAUGAAGAUAACUUGGAUGAAUUGGAGUCGUCUGGUUCCAUUAUUUUCACAGUCGAGCUCAAGAGACAUGGGGGUCCUCUUGGAAUCACAAUAUCUGGCACUGAAGAACCUUUCAACCCCAUUCUGAUCUCCAGUCUAACCCGCAACGGUCUCGCACAAAGGACUGGCGCUCUUCAUGUUGGUGAUCGUGUCUUGGCCAUCAAUAACAUGAGUUUGAAGGGAAAACCUCUUAGCGAAGCCAUUCACCUCCUACAGACGGCUGGAGACACUGUCACACUCAAGAUUAAAAAACGGUCUGAACCGCUUUUGGAGUCGGACAGGAGCAGCCCGUCCCGGACAGCCUCAUGUGUGAGUGACACGGAAGACGAUCGCUCCGAUUCUUACAGGCGUGGUAAAUACUCCGAAUUUCACCGCCUGACCACACCUCCCAGUCUGGAUUCAGCUAUGGACUCAUGGGAUAGCUCUGCCCUGGAUGCUGGCUAUGGAAGUCAAGGCGUCUAUAUCCAUAGGACACCUGAUUACACACUUCACCCUAAUGACUGGAGACAGACCAAUCACAGGAGCCCACUGACCUCCAGAAGACACGCCCACCGAACCGCAGUGUAUGAUGGGAGGCUGGGGGAGGAGGACUGGACGUAUUCUGGAUCUGUCAGUCCUGCACGUUAUCAUGACAACAACAAUACAGAAACUCAGGGGAACUAUUGGUCGCAAGCUCUUCAGGACCUGGAGACCUGUGGGCAAUCAGAAAUCCUUCGAGAACUUGAGGCUACUAUAAUGUCAGGCAGCACGCUGAGCUUGGGAGAAGACUGUGAGAAGCAGAAUGAAAGCAGCACCAAAGCUCUAGCUCUAAACCCUCAGAGGACCUUGGAGAACACAGUCGGACCAGAGGAUAUGAAAGACUCCAGCCCUUCUCUGCCAUUAGAGCUUCAUAAGAUAUGUUUACGGAAGGAUGCUGACAGCAGGGAUUUUGGGUUUAGCGUGUCCGACGGGCUUCUGGAAAAGGGUGUUUACGUGAACAUGAUCCGCCCUGAUGGGCCUGCAGACCAAGCUGGGUUACGCCCAUAUGACCGUAUUCUACAGGUCAAUCACGCACGGACACGAGAUUUUGACUGUUGUUUGGCCGUGCCGUUGAUCACAGAAGCUGGAGAGCAUCUGCAGCUGGUCAUCAGCAGAAGCCCUCUCACACAGGCACAUGUUUGGUCAACUAAAGAUUGUCAGGACACUUCUGAAAUGCUGUCGUUUGUUUCUGCACAAAAUCUAAAAAGAGUCAAUCUCUGACCUCCAAAAAUCAGCCAUAGACAUCAACAAUAACAUGGUGCACAAUUUUUCCACACAAAUGGUUCUCUCUCUCACCUUCAUGUCAUUUAUAGAACAUCAGUUAUAGGCAAACUAGCACACAAUAACACUGUUGUUUUUAUAUUUUUAACUAAGUUUUGUUUUUGUCACAAUUUAAGACCCACUUCAGAUUUUUUCUUUUAACUUGUUCUACACCUUUCGUUUUUACCACAAUUUAAUUUUGUUUUGUUUGUUUUACUUUGAAUUCCUCUUACACAAAAGUUGUCACAAUGUGACCUACACAAACAUUCACAAGUCACAUCAUCAGUUUAUUAAACCUCACAGACUGGCACAUAAAUUGUUUGUGUUCACACAAAAUGUUCAUCUUGUAUAUAAAUUACACACAUCCAUUAGUUUCUCCUGUCAACAGGAACACUUUGAUGAUAGCACAGAUCUGCAGGUACUUAUGAAACAGAGAAAUACCAAAUCAUAUGUUGACUGUUUAGAUUAUACAUAUUCUUCAGCUGUUUUAAAACCAUGAUGGUAUGACAAUUUAUUUUAAGCAUUGGAUAUCUCUGGGAAAAUCCACGUGGAUAAGAAGGACAUGGGUAUUUUAUCACCAACUUCAAAAGCGACAUGUUUUGACAUGUGAAUAUUGAGCUGCAUGUGACGUGAUAUGUUUUAUUAGUGAACCAUGAGCCAUUUGAGUGUGUGGCAUUAAAUGUCAUAAAAACCAGAAAUAAAUUCACAAUUUUAAUUGAUCUAAAGUUCUUGAAAGGAGCUUGUUUUAAGUAUAACUUUUAAAAGAAGAUCUUUCUCUGUAUGUCAUAGUACCCACAAUCCUCUAUUCUGUGUGUAAACACCUUUUCCUGUAUGUAGGAUGUUAAAUAUGUAGAAUGUCACGAAUAAGAUGUGUAUUUAAUGACUAUUCUUGGUUUAGAAAUAAAUUCCUUUUUAAAGAAAAUAAAGGAUAAAAACCAGACUGUCUGUGGUAAAAAUAUACCCUAAUCGUUUCCAGAAGACAGGUUGGUGUCGUGAUCUUUUCCUGUCUUUCCGUAGCAAGUGCAUGUACCAGGACUGCGUUCAAGGCUUUUUGGGCACUGUUGUUAAUUUUUUUUAAUACAUUUAA